AUGACUAUGUUGCUUAUCGAUUUCACUAAUGCUUUCAACAUAGUUAGUCGAACUGUUUUGAUCAAUGAGGUGCGCGAGAAAUGGGUUCAACAAGGAGACCCUCUUGGCCCUCUACUGUUUUCCCUAGUUUUUCACCCAUUGAUCUGCAAAAUCGCCUUGCAAUGCAAACUGGAUCUUAACUCGUGGUAUUUGGAUGAUGGCACAUUGGUUGGGGAGACGACUGAAGUUGCAAGAGAUCUCCAGAUAUUGCGUGAGGAAGGCCCUGCAAGAGGACUGCAGUUGAACAUACAAAAGACGGAAAUAUUUUCGCCACACCCUGACCCAAGAUGUCAAAUUGUCUUCCCAUCUGAAAUUGGCAGGCCAGACACUGGAGUUCGGCUCCUUGGUGGUCCGGUAAGUCUGAGUGAUGAUUUUUGCAGUCGUAUCAUUCAGUCUCGUGUGGACAAAACAGUACACCGAAUGAACUGUGUUAAGAAGCUUCGAGACCCACAAGCAGAACUUAUGUUACUUCGAAACUGCGCGGGUGUUUCAAAGUUGUACUUUUCAAUGCAUACAACUAGACCCCAAUGCAUGAAGACAACACAACUGCAAUUCGACGAGCAGCUUAUUCAGUUCCUGCAGUAUUUAAUCACGAGUGAUGGAGCUUGGUUCGGCCAAUUAAAACAACGCAUCGCUACUCUCCCGAUCAGUUAUGGUGGCCUUGGUGUUUACACUAUGCAUGACACUACUCAAUAUGGCUACCUAGCUUCUUGCUUCCAAACACAACAUCUGCAGAAUCGUAUCCUACAAGGUACACCUGGUCUUAGUCCUCACUUCCAGACAGCGCUGGAAUAUUACAUACAUAUAUGUGGUUUAUCUCCUUCAUCUUUCAACAUUAACGAUGGUGCCCCACAUCCCAUGCAUUUACUGGCUACUCGUUACUAUGAUGCUAUCAUGAAGGAAGAUAGUAUAUGUUCAUGUUGUAAACGUGUUACAGAUCGGUUUGGUGAUCACACCAUUCAUUGUGCAAGUGAAGUGGGUUUAAAGUAUCUCCAUGAUCUGGUAAGAGAUCUAUUUGUUGAGUUGUGCUACAAAGCAGGAGUAGCUGCACGAAAAGAAGCAUCUCUGGGUCUUACGUCUGACAGGAGCACUCCUCUCAAACCUGCAGACCUCAUGAUAUAUAACUGGGAGAAUGGAAGGGUUAUCUGUUUCGACGUUACCGGCGUUUCACCAUUCUCCAAGGGUGGAAACCGUACCUUCACACUGGGUCAUGCAAUCUCUGUUGUUAUCACACGCAAACGCAACAAAUAUGCAGACAUGUGUUCGUCUCAUGGAUAUGGUUUUGGUGUUCUAGCCUUUACAACAUUGGGUGAAUUGAGUGAUGACAUUACAGUCCUUCUAAAAAGAUUGAAGAAUUGUAUGGCGAAUCAUGAUGCCAAUAAUAACUUAGGCAGUUUUCUUUUCCACAGAUUAGGCAUCAUUAUCCAAAAAGGCAUUGGGGUGCAACUUGUUGCGCGUCUCCCUACCAAAUCAUUGUAA